AAUAUCCGACCGCCGCGCUCGGAGCAAGACGCUUGUUAGGCGCUUGUUUAUCGUCUCAAAAGCGCUAAUAUUCACAAACACGCCUCGGCAGCGGCAGUUUCCGUGCUAGAGGAAGUGAUUCGCUGCGACUCUUUUUGUUUUGACGCUGCUGGGAGACCCAGCUCCGGUUGUCAGUCCGUCCGUCCGUCUCGUCGGAGCGAAGCCGGAAAAGAUGCCUGGCAAAGCGGCCGCGGCGCUGCUGCUGCACCCGGGCGGGAAGGUGCUCGCAGCCGAUCCGCAGAAGUCCUUCCCUUUCGUGCUGAAGAAGAUCAUGGACAUCCCUCCUCCCAAUAUCCUGGAGGAAGGAGACGACGACAUCGAGAAAGAAAAGCUGUGCUCCUCUGAAGAUGUGGAGGGAGGUGGGGCCGUGGCAUCCAGCGCUGGUGGAGGAUCUCGGGGGGCAGGAGGAGGAGGAGGAGGAGGGGGCGGCAGCGGAGGCAGCGGAGGGGUAUCAGCCUCCCUGACCCCCGCCAUCUGGGAGAAGACCAUUCCUUAUGACGGGGAGACGUUCCACCUGGAGUACAUGGACCUGGACGAGUUCCUCCUGGAGAACGGCAUCCCCGUGAGCCUGGAGGAGGAGGAGCUGCAGAGGACUCUGGCUGCCGUCGACGGCAAAGGCAAAUUGAUUCCCAAAGUUAUUGCCGCAGCUGCCGUGACUACGAAUGCCCCAGCCCCGGCUGCUCCUGCUGCGGAAGUCGAGUCAGAGUCCCCGCCGUCUCCGUCCACCGGCGCCUCGGACCCGGAAGAGCCCGUGACGGUUACCACGCUACAGCCGGCUAAACUGGAAGAGGAGGACGAGGAAGAAGAGGAAGAGGAAUCAUUGCCUGAGGAGACGACGGCAGAAGUGGAGGUGACUAAAAAGGAUCGCAACACCCCUUCCCCCAUCGAUCCAGAUGCCAUUGAGGUGGACAUUAAUUUCCAGCCGGAUCCCACGGACCUGGUCCUGUCCAGCGUGCCGGGGGGAGAGCUGUUCAACCCCCGCAAGCACAAGUUCUCCGAUGACGAGCUGAAACCACAGCCGAUGAUCAAGAAAGCCAAAAAAGUGUUUGUUCCUGAUGAACAGAAGGAUGAUAAAUACUGGUGUAGGAGGAAGAAGAAUAACGUGGCAGCGAAGCGUUCCCGUGAUGCGCGGCGGCUGAAGGAGAACCAGAUCACGGUGCGCGCCUCCUUCCUGGAGCGGGAAAACGCUGCACUGAGGCAGCAAGUCUCCGAGCUGCGGAAGGACUGUGGCCGCUGCAAGAACGUCUUGGCUCGCUUUGAGGCUAAGUAUGGCCCGCUGUAAAAAAUACAAAAAACAACCGAUAAAUUCAACAAAACAAAACAAAACAAACAAAAACAACAACUCAUAACAAAGCCUAUGAAGUAUCAAUGAGACCGAGGCAGCGCUCCCUUCCCCACAGAAUUCAACGCAGACACGAACACCAAAGGGAACCUAAAUUUGCACUGUUGUCUUUUCUGAGCCCCAGUCACUGUGUCGAGGGUUGGAUACACACUGGUGGGCAGCGAGGGAUGACGGGAGCGACGGUCACAUGAGGGCCUGUGGAGAGCGCCUGGCUCCUACACUCGGAGAGGACGUGCACCGUCGGCGCUCCCCCGGAUGAGCAGCACGUGGAAAAACUGGGUUCAUCUCAAGACGGGCUCACGACAGUCAUAAAAGAUAAAGAGCGAGCCGCCGCGACAGAGUCGCCGGCUACCAAGCACCACAGAUCUGACCAGUACACAGGCUUCUUAAUGGACCACAUCUUGGAGCAGGGUCGAGCAGACGUCGCAUAGUUUGCUGACUGUCUAUCACCUUUUUUCUGUUACUCAAAGAGGUUGAAGGCUAAAAUAAAGGAGCAGGAGUCAGAUUGAUAGUGGUACUUCCAGUCUCAAUGGAGACAGAGCCGAGAUCAGCACCGCAGGAAAGGAGGGGAGUCUCUUAGUCGGGUGGUUCCGUCAGUUCUUCCUUCUCCUAACCCACAUGCACGUAUAUAUGGCCACACACAAAAAAAACAUUUAGAAUAACUGUACAUACAGUCAACCACUUUGUUUUGUGUGUUCUUACUGCGUGUAAUUCUUCAUUGCACUUUUUACUUUCAAAAAAACAACACAUUUACAGAAUGUGUGACAUCUGGUAGCAUUUAUCUACCUGGUUGGGGGACACAGUCGCUUCCACAGGGAGGAAAUAAAAACAAACUCUACCUGUGGUUUGAAGCUGCGGGGAUUUUACCUUUUUCUAAUGAUCAGUUUUUUUUAGAUUUUUAACAAAGAAGAGCUAAAAUAAUAAAAGAACGGCUUUCAAAAUGGAGAAGGACACGCAGGUUUCCUGUGUAGAUCACUGGUGAUGGCCUAAGGUUGGAGAUCUGCGGGGCCCUCCCUGGCUGAGGGCGUGUCUUUAGCAUGUAGAGAUGUUUAUUUCACUGCACACUGCAAGUAGAGGGUCUGCCUGCCGAAGGUGGUGCAACACUGGAUUUAACCUUUUUGAGGGGUUUUUUCCCCAUUAAAAUGUAGCCAAGUUAAGACAGAGUGCUUCUACAUGUAAAUACCAGACUGUUUCGUUGUCUUUACUUCCUAAGACGAGGACUCGCGAGUGCGUCUUUGUUAACUCGACUCGUAUCCUAAUAUUUAUACCUAGUCAAGUGGUUGGUUUAAACAAAUCUGUUGAUUGUUAUAUACAAUAAUAUGUCAGAUAACUUUUAUUUUCCUUUCACAAACAAUACGUAUAUAAUGAAAACCAAUGAUUGAGCAGGGAAUUCAAUGGGUAAACUGUGUUUUUGGAUUUAUUUUUUUUUAAAACAGAUUUAUAUUGCUAUUGGGUUUUAUUCCUCUUGUGUCUGAACAGACAACAAACAGAGCACACUCUUUAUUUACCUCAUCCAGCACUUCCUCUUCUGGAUGGUUCAAAGUGAAGUAGGGCUACGGGGUGGCGGCCCUGCCGACGGUUGGGGCUGUUUCUGGUUUAGUAAAAGCGUCAGACUGUUAGGAGAUCCUGCGUCUGCGGCGUCUUUAGCUGAGGCGCGGCUCGGGAUCAGUCGGCUUGCGCUCAAAAUCAUAAUAAUGUUUGAAAAUUAUUGUUGCAAUAAUGCUUUAUAUGUAAUGCCUGUUUCAUUUCUGUACUUCAAUCCAACAAUAGUUUAUAAAUCUCUUAAUUAUGAUAUGUUGUAUGUAAAGUUGCUAUGAUGUACUAAAUAGAAAUUCCCAAAGUCAUUUGUGCUUCCAGCUUAGAUCCUCCGUGUAAAGGAUCUAAAUGCAUGAAACCCAGUAAACCUGGUCUGUUUUUGUUUCGUUUUGCCUUUUUUUUCUUUGUUUCUUUUUGUUGUAAAUCUUGCACAAAGUGUACUUAAUGUCUGUAAAUCAUCGCUGAAAGCGGGAUAUGGUUUUGGAAGGCUAUGCUGAUGGUAUAUUGUACAGUUCUGUGGACAGGAGAGGCAGGACAUCUUUGCUCUGAUGUUUUUUGUUUAUAAUUUGGCACAACAGCACCACCUGUCUCUGCAGCCUCCGCUCCACAACGUGGCUGAAAACAGCACCUAUUGAUCACUGUGUCCAUUGGCUUCUACAGAGUUUUACUAAAGAAUAAUCUAUAUUUACAUACACUGAAUUCGUUGGUGCUUUUGUGUUUUAUCAAUGGCGAAUAUGUCAUUUUUAAAAACAAAUAAAUGCUAUACUUUGCAUUGACGUUCAGAUCUUUGAUAUCGGCUGCUUUCAUCAGCCGUCGGUGCAGCUGAUGAGGCCAAAAUUGUAGUUACUUUUUUUAACUGAAUAAAGAUAUUCUGCACACGACUGAGUGAAGGUACGGGGCCACGAGGCCUUUUAUAGAAGAAAAUAAGUCAUGAAUGUGUCUCGUAAAAUACCGGAGAGACACCGUAGCAGUCUGAUUUUUCUGAUGCAGAGCGGCUCAAACGGACUGGUGUGACACACACCGGUUUGCUCCACUUCCACACAUGCCAGCAGAUUGACAGGAAAAUGUCUGCUGCUGAGUUUCUUACAGGCAAUGACUGUUACACAAUAUUUCCCCCUAUAAACAAAGGGUUAUUUGUUUUAAUCAAACUUUCUUGACAGAUGUUACAAGAAAAUAAGAGCAUGACCUUUCUUGUCAGUAACUCUCAGUAACCAUUGACGUGUGUAACGCUGGGAUUUGUCAUCAGAAAAUAAAAUGUUGACCGAUCUGUCCAGAGUGGGAUUAUUGAUCAAGAGGGAAAGACUUGUUUCGAGGUAACUUGAGGCUGCAUUUGCAAGUGAUCCAUAUUUCACUGGUUUCAAGUGCAUCAAAGGUCUUUGUUUUUUAUUAGUCACAGAACCUAAAGUACCCUUCUCAAAAAAAAGUACAGAUCUUUAUUAUAAGAUUUAGUGGUGUUUUGCUCUGUCUUCUUUUUAUAUAAACGUGUUUUUGUAAAUGUAUCUGAUACAUGCAAGUGUACUAUCAUGUUCUGACCUAUCUUGUAAGAAGCAUAUGAAAUAAAAUGAGAUCUAAUAAUGA